AUGGACAACAUCGACUACAAAGCGAAGGUCGGCUUCGUGCCGGCUGGCGACGGAGGCCGAGUCACAAUCGUCCUCUCGUUUGCGUCGGAAUCCCCUUCGCUCCUCGGAGCCGAGGCGUGCGGCGCCAAGAACGCCCUCGUGAAGGACGUCCCCGCAAAGUCUGGCGCGGAGGCCUCCGACGAGAGCAGCCUCAAGAAAGACCCUUCGGCAGAGGCGCCCGCCGCGGGCGCGGUCGACUCGGCCAAGGCCAAGGCCACGGCCAAGGCCGUCGGCAUCCCGCCCGAGAGCGAGCCCAGCCCGCUCAAGGACGGCAUUGACGCGGGCGGCGGCAACGUCGCGGGCGAGUCUUCGCCGAUGAAGUCCUUCGCGAAGGUCGGAAUCGUGCCGGCUGACGACGGCCGCAUCACGAUCGUCAUCUCCGAGUCGGUGUCGCCUUCGCUCCUCGGAGCCAAGGCGUGCGGCGUCAAGAGCGUCAAGGACAUCUCCGUGGCGAAGUCUGGCACGGAGGAC